UAAAGAUACAAAUCACCCAAUACAUUUUAUCCUCACCAUUAAGAAGAAAACCAGCUCUAAAAUACACUACAAAGAAGAUUUUUAAAAGAUUUAAACAGGAUCAUGGACUCAGUCACAGGUUCUGCUAAAAAUGAAGUAAACGCUUCAUUGGAACAAUCAGUGGCUCCAACACUUUGCACAGAUGUGAUGUGUGUUUUACUAGCAAUAGCCAUUAUGAUUAUUAUGGUUAUUGGUGUCACUGGAAAUGGUUUGGUGAUCUGGAUAGCAGGAUUUAAAAUUAAGAAAACAGUCAACACUGUCUGGUACCUCAGUCUCGCUGUGUCUGAUUUCCUUUACUGUACGUUCCUGCCCUUACACAUUGUCUAUAUUGUUAAAAGAGAAUGGGUAUUAGGGCUCUUUAUGUGCAAGUUUAUUUCCUUUAACUUGUUCCUUAACUGGUUCAGCAGCAUCUUGCUCCUCGUCAUCAUCAGUGUAGAUCGCUGUGUUGUGGUAAUGUUUCCUGUAUGGACACAAAACAAGCGCACCUUACGCAGGGCCUUGGUGAUCAUUUUACUAUCCUGGAUCAUUUCAGCAUUGCUAAGCGUGCCAGCAGCAAUUUUUCGAGAUAUAAAAAUAAAUAACAAAUUUCUAAAGGUGUGUUACUACAACUACAAAAAGGAUGAACACACUACUGUAGUUGUAUGCAGAUUCAUUUUUCUUUACAUGAUCCCCUUACUCAUAAUCACCAUCUGCUCUGUUCUUAUCACCAAAAAGCUAAAAUCAAACCAAAUGCAAAAGUCCAAUAAACCAUUUAAGAUCAUGACCGCACUGAUAGUUGCUUUUUUCCUUAGCUGGAUGCCUUACCACAUUUUUAACUUAAUGGAAUUAAACCCAACUUAUGCCAGUGUUCUCCCUACUGGGAAAAAAAUUGCAUUCAUUGUUGCCAGUACCAACAGCUUUAUAAACCCAUUACUUUAUGCAUUUAUGGGUAAGGAUUUUAAGGGGAAAUGUUAUGAACUUCUGUCAAAGAUUGAGAGCACAUUUGAGGAGGAAGUCCAGAGUACACGCUUUAGGAUGUCUAUUACUAACUCAGGAGAAAGUUCAAAAUUAUAA